AUUUAGUGCUUGUUGACUAUAUAGUUACCGGAAAGAUAAAAAAUGUUGGGAAAAUUUUCAGAGGAAAUACAAAUAAAUGCACCAGCAAGUGAAGUGUGGAAACUCUAUGGCACUAUUGAAUUGGCAAAUUUUGUUGUUGAAAUAACCCCACGCAUUGUUGAAAAAGUUGAGGUGAUUGAAGGCAAUGGAGGAGCUGGUACUGUCCUGCAAGUUAGUUUACCUGGAAAUGCUCCAUAUAAGGAGAAAUAUGUCUCAGUGGAUGAUGAAAAAAGAGUGAAGGAAGUAGAGGUUGUUGAAGGUGGAUUUCUUGAUCUUGGAUUCACUUUCUAUGGGGUUAAAUUUGAAGUUAUAGAGAGUGAUGAGAAUUCAAGCAUCCUCAAACUUACCAUUGAUUUUGAGACUAAAGAUGCAGAAAAACUUCAUCUUACUAUUGGCAACCUCCAAGCCUUUGGUGUCAUCUUGAAAGCUUCUGCUGAUUAUUUAGAAAAAUAAUCUUUUUCUAUUAUUGGAUUUUUCUUAAUUUAUGUUGUUUCCCCUUUACUUUGUUGUUAUUGCUCUUUUGGGUAAUAUAUUGUAUAAUGAUGGCCUUA